AUGAUAGCUAAAGAUCAGCAUAACACCGUGAUCUUCAAUGCUUCAAAGAAAGAACUGUUCACUACUAGUAGCGGAUACAAGUCACUGCAGAAGAAACUAAAUGCACAAUGGAAAAUUCAAAGUAUGAAGGAGGACUUGGCACUGGAUCGGCUGAAGGGAGUUCGAUUGUGGAUUACUGCCGGUCCGAGGGAGAAGUUCACAGCCUCAGAGAUGGAAAUACUCAAGCAAUACCUCGAUAAAGGAGGAAACGUACUUGUGAUGCUUGGUGAAGGAGGAGAAUCUAAGUUUGACACUAAUAUUAACUUUCUGCUUGAAGAUCUGGGUAUAAUGGUCAAUAGUGAUGCAGUUGUGAGGAACACAUAUUAUAAAUACUUCCAUCCAAAGGAGGCACUUGUAUCCAAUGGUGUCUUGAAUAGAGAAAUCAGCCGAGCUGCUGGAAAAGCAGUGACGGGAAUUAUGGAAGAAGAAAAUGCAGGGAAUAAUGCACAAGCUCUAACAUUUGUCUAUCCAUUUGGUGCAACCCUGAGUGUAAUGAAACCUGCCAUCGCUGUUCUCUCAACUGGAUCGUUCUGUUCCCCCCUUAACAGACCGGUGUUAGCGUUUUACCAAGGAAAGGAGGCUGGCAAACUAGCGGUAAUGGGUUCUUGCCUCAUGUUUAGUGACCAGUACAUUGACAAGGAGGAAAAUAGUAAAAUCCUGGAUGUUAUACUGCAGUGGUUUAUGACUGAUGGGAUCCAUCUUAAUCAGAUUGAUGCAGAAAAUCCAGAGAUCACAGAUUACACCCUGUUGCCAGACACUGGAAGCUUGUCUGAGCAACUGCGAGUCUCUUUACAAGAGGGUGACGAAAAUCCCAGGGACUUCACUUCACUCUACGAUGUGUCUCUGUUCAACAUGUCCACCGACUCUUUGCCCCACGUUAUUAGUGCCUACAAACAGCUUAAUGUUAAAUCCGAGCCUCUUCAGUUGAUCACUCCACAGUUUGAGACUCCCUUACCUCAGCUCCAGCCGGCUGUCUUUCCAGCUUCUAUCAGUGAGUUACCUCCACCAAUGCUUGAUCUUUUUGAUCUGGAUGAAUCAUUCUCAUCUGAAAAAGUACGCCUUGCACAACUCACCAACACCUGUACAGAAGAUGAUCUUGAGUUUUAUGUGAGAAAAUGUGGAGAGAUUUUGGGGGUAACUGCAAAGUUGGAUAAAGAGAAGAGAGAUGCUAAGCACAUCUUGGAACAUGUAUUUUUCAAAGUUAUUGAAUUCAGAAAAUUGAAUCAGGAACAAGAUAUUGAACCAGAGGUGCCUUUCAAUCCAUUAUAA